GAUGGACUUCCCCCUUCGGGAGGCGGGAGAAAAAGGGAGCGCCGGGGCACGAAGUGCGCGUGCUCACUGCAUCAUCCACCAAGUCUCGCUCCGCCGUAAGUCUAGUGGUGCAGACUCUCGCGACACGAGGAAAGCGUUAGGGUUCAUCGGCCCAAGAAGGCGUUUCGCUUAUCGUGGGGUGCUAUGAGUCUCACCUUACACCUCACGUUUAGUGUGUCUGACAGUUAUUUAAGGACCGGCCAUUUCCUUCCCGCCCGACUCUUGUGUUCAACUGCGCGGGCCCAUAAACUAAGGUCACGCAACAAGCCGGACAACGCGCAAGCGCAGUAACCCCUGUUGGGACUUCCGAGGUCGCUCCCUGAGACUUUUGUGGCGCUAGUUGCGGCUUCGGGGAGGACGGCGGCCGAGAGGCAGGGUGCGUUUUGGUUCGCGCGGAUCCGGGCGGCGAGAUGCGGUACAACGAGAAAGAGUUGCAGGCGCUGUCCCGGCAGCCGGCAGAUAUGGCGGCCGAGCUGUGCAUGCGGGGCCCCAAGAAGGGCAGCGUGGCCAAGAGGCGCCUGGUGAAGCUGGUGGUCAACUUCCUCUUUUACUUCCGCCCGGACGAGGCCGAGCCCCUCGGAGCCCUGUUGCUGGAGCGCUGCAGAGUGGCCCAGGAAGAGCCGGGCGGCUUCUCCAUCAGCUUCGUGGAAGACCUCAGCAGGAAAUAUCACUUUGAAUGCUGUAGCCAAGAGCAGUGUCAGGAGUGGAUGGAGGCUCUGCAGCGGGCCAGCUAUGAAUACAUGCGACGGAGCCUCAUCUUCUACAGGAAUGAGAUCAGGAAGAUGACUGGCAAGGACCCCCUGGAGCAGUUCGGCAUCUCCGAGGAGGCCAGGUUCCAGUUGAAUAGCCUGCCUAAGGAUGGGCGGACUGCUUGUGUUGGCUCCCCGUUAGAUGUGACUGACCCUCUUUGGGCCCCUGGCUACCCUGGGAGGUGUUUUCUAUAGGUUUAAGUACAUCUGUUUAAAGGUUCAGAGGAGAUGGGCAGGGUCUGUGUUCCUUGUUCUCCAUGCCAUAUCCCUGCCUGCACCUCUUGAGUAUCUACAUCCAGGGACUAGCACAGUUCCCCUGUCCAUAGCCAGAUGAAUGUAAAUGCUAAAUAAAGCUGUGAACCCCCCCACCCCCCACUGAGAGAGCAGGCAUGGGUGCUGGCUUCCAGUGCUGAGCCUGCUCUUUAAUAAAGGUACCUCUUUUUGGAA